CCCAAAAGUAUCCAUCAUCAACCCUAAACCUCAAAAAAGAACAAUCGUAACUGCAACUGUGUAAAAGGGUCUCGUCCUACCCGCCAUGUCAGAUAGCACGUAGGCUACCUAUCUCUGGCGUGACGGACGCAUUUUGACCCCUAUUUAAACUCCAUCCCCGAUCGUAUUGAAGAUUUCCUUAACGAUCGCCAAUUUACCUGGUCAGCUCAGGUUGACCAACGAAUUACUCCCUAUCCAUCCCAGCAGCUAUCCGUUUCGGGAGUUACAUCGCUUCCGCCAUUUCCCAGCUCUAUCAACUCCUCCAGUCAUACCUUUUUUUUCUACGUUGAAAGUCAAGUCGCCAUCAUGGAUAUUCUCUUCGUUAAGGACCGGUGCGACGCGCUCCGCGAGGGCGGCUUCACCAACUUCUUUAUCUCUAUUCUAAUUCUUGUCGGUAUCAUGCUAUCAUAUGUCACACAGCACUAUCGAAUCAUCUCCCGCGGAUCCUCCGAAGGGAUCUCGCCGUACUUCGUGCUACUCGGUGUCACCUCAGCGAACUCCCAGUUCGGAAAUAUCCUUACAUUGCCUCAAUCGCGAGCCGAUGUCGCCUGCUGCAAAGUAGUUAGCCCCUUCGAAUGUACCGCCGGGCUACUCGGGAUUGCGCAGAUUGGGACGCAAUGGGUUUGCUUUGCUAUCAUUCUAGUUCUGUUUCUGGUCUUUUUCCGUAGGGAGGAUGCUGACCUAUCGGAUGAUGAAUGCGAACGGGACCCUGAUCAACCAACAUGGAGAACCGCUGUUACCGUCGCCGCUCUUUGCCUGCUCCACGGCCUGCUCGUUGUCAUUAUAUCGGCUGCAUUUGCUUUUGGGGCACCCUCGUACCUCGGUGCAUGGGCGAAUUUCUUGGGGAUCAUGUCUGCUGCACUUGCCGCUAUCCAAUACAUCCCUCAGAUCUGGACUACAUACCGUCUGAAGCACGCUGGUAGUCUGAGCAUUUUGAUGAUGUGCAUUCAAACUCCCGGUGGGUUUCUCUUCGCGGGUAGCUUGGCGGCACGUCUUGGUUGGGCAGGUUGGAGCUCUUGGGGGGUAUAUGUCUUGACCGCCAUAAUGCAAGGUAUACUAUUAUUUAUGGCCAUCUCGUACGAGUGGCCGUCACAAGAGGAACGCCGUCACUCUACUCCGCAACCGCAACGCCCCCCAUAUAACCGACGUACAACACCUAGGGUUCUACCGUCGCCGGGCCCAUACUCUGCUCACUUACAAGCUUACGGAGAGACGCAAGAAGAAAUUGAACGUGCGCUAGACCGUGAAAGCGUUCAAGGUGUAGGGGAAAACCAGCCCCUUUUGGCACCCGGUGGAAUUGGCAGCUCAGGUACUCGCUAGCUUACGAGCUCUGGAGAGCGAAGUUAUCUAUCUGCUGUAUCCCUCGUUUCCCCAAGCAGCUAUCUUUCACGACGAGAAUGUCUAUGUCCAUUUUUUUAUAACUGGCUGAAAUUGUGUGUUGUGUUUAAGAAGAACCAAUAAAAUCUUAUAUGAGCCUAUGUGGAUGUCUUCACAUGCAAAUUUAUUAGAGGCCCAAGGUCCGACACCAAUAUAGAGACCACCUCAGGUAGAUUUACCUACCUACCUAGAUAACUAAAAGAGCAUAGAUUGGUUUUUAAUUUUCCAUCAACAAAGUCUGGAAGGUUAGGUACCUAGGUACCUAACAUUUCCAACGAUUUGGGUUUGAGUCAUGUUAUUAUUUAUGGUCACUGUCUAAUAAGAGCAACUUGGGAGAAGGAGCAGCUAACCACGUAAGAGGCACAUGAGCUAAGCUAACCCGGCUAUUCAACCCGACCGCUGCUGCAUCCACUUUAAGAUAAACUAAGCUAGGGUAGUAAUGGGUACUUGCCGCAACGGUUAGGACGAACCACCAAUGCGCGUGUUUGCGCUACGAUUCUGAUUGGUCGGAUGAAACGCUGAGUCAAGUUGGAUGUGUCAUGAAUCGCACU